UUGAUUUUUCAAUAGUUACGGCCCAUACCUCGUGCUCGUGCGGUCGACAAGAGAAGAAGAAGCGUUGUUCUGUUCGUUCGUUAACGGUUCGUUUUACUAACACCAGUUAUUACAAUCGACUUUGAUAUAUCAGAUCUUCGCAACUCAAAGAUGCCCGAAGAAACACAGACUACUGCCCCAAUGGAAGACGAAGGGGAAGCAGAAACUUUUGCCUUUCAGGCAGAAAUAGCCCAGUUGAUGAGUUUGAUCAUCAACACUUUUUACUCGAACAAAGAAAUCUUCUUGAGAGAACUCAUUUCCAACUCUUCUGAUGCAUUGGACAAAAUUAGAUACGAGUCACUCACUGAUCCAUCUAAGUUGGAUUCUGGAAAGGAGCUUUACAUUAAAAUUGUCCCUAACAAGCACAACAAUACUCUGACCAUCAUUGACACUGGUGUUGGAAUGACCAAGGCUGACCUGGUCAACAACCUAGGAACCAUUGCCAAGUCUGGAACCAAGGCUUUCAUGGAGGCACUGCAGGCUGGUGCUGAUAUUUCUAUGAUUGGACAAUUUGGUGUAGGUUUCUAUUCCGCUUACCUCAUUGCUGAUCGCGUCCAGGUGACAUCGAAACACAAUGAUGAUGAGCAGUAUGUCUGGGAGUCCUCUGCUGGCGGCUCCUUCACAGUCAGGCAGGACCAUGGUGAGCCUUUGGGUCGUGGCACAAAGAUCGUCCUGUACCUGAAGGAGGACCAGUCUGAGUACAUGGAGGAGAAACGCAUAAAGGAAGUGGUGAAGAAGCACAGUCAGUUCAUUGGAUAUCCCAUUAAGCUGGUGGUGGAGAAGGAGAGAGACAAGGAAGUGUCUGAUGAUGAGGAGGAGGAAGAAGAGAAGAAAGAAGGAGAAGAGAAGGAUGAGGAGAAGCCCAAAGUAGAAGACAUUGGCGAGGAUGAUGAAGAUGAAGACAAAGAGAAGGAUGGCAAGAAAAAGAAGAAAAUUAAGGAAAAAUACACAGAAGACGAGGAACUUAACAAGACCAAGCCCCUUUGGACACGUAAUCCUGAUGACAUCACGCAAGAAGAGUAUGGAGAGUUUUACAAGUCCUUAACUAAUGACUGGGAGGACCACUUGGCAGUGAAGCACUUCUCAGUUGAAGGUCAAUUGGAAUUUAGAGCACUGUUGUUUAUUCCAAAGAGAGCUCCUUUUGAUAUGUUUGAAAACAAGAAGAAGCGCAACAACAUCAAAUUAUACGUAAGGAGAGUGUUUAUUAUGGACAAUUGUGAAGAUCUCAUCCCAGAAUACCUGAACUUUAUGAAAGGUGUGGUAGACUCUGAAGACUUGCCACUAAAUAUCUCUCGUGAAAUGCUUCAACAGAGCAAGAUUCUGAAAGUUAUUCGUAAAAACUUGGUGAAGAAGUGCAUUGAGCUGUUUGAGGAAAUUGCAGAGGAUGCUGACAACUUCAAGAAAUUUUACGAACAGUUUUCCAAAAAUCUGAAGUUGGGUAUCCAUGAAGAUAGCACAAAUAGAAAGAAACUCUCAGAACUGCUGCGUUAUUACUCCUCGCACUCUGGUGAUGAGAUGACUUCACUUAAGGAUUACACCUCGAGGAUGAAGGAGAACCAGAAAGUCAUCUACUACAUUACAGGAGAAAGCAAAGAAACAGUAGCAAACUCUGCAUUUGUUGAGAGGCUGAGGAAACGUGGAUAUGAAGUGCUGUACAUGGUGGAUCCUAUUGAUGAGUACAGUGUCCAGCAGUUGAAGGAGUAUGAUGGCAAGAACCUGGUCUGUGUCACAAAGGAGGGACUGGAACUUCCAGAGGAUGAUGAAGAGAAGAAGAAAUUUGAGGAACAGAAAGAGGCAUUUGAACCACUUUGCAAGACCAUGAAAGAGAUCUUGGACAAGAAAGUGGAAAAGGUUGUAGUGUCAAAUCGCCUGGUGUCUUCACCUUGCUGUAUUGUCACCAGCCAGUAUGGGUGGUCAGCCAACAUGGAGCGUAUCAUGAAGGCGCAAGCCCUGCGCGACAACAGCACCAUGGGAUACAUGGCUGCAAAGAAACACCUGGAAAUCAACCCAGACCACGCCAUCAUAAAGAACCUGAAGGAAAAGGUGGCCGUGGACAAAAAUGAUAAAUCCGUGAAGGAUCUGGUCGUGUUGAUGUUUGAGACAGCUCUAUUGUCAUCUGGGUUUACUCUGGAAGAUCCCAUGCACCAUGCGAGCAGAAUCCACAGGAUGAUCAAACUUGGUCUUGGCAUUGAUGAGGAUGACGCUGCAGAAACACCAGGCCCUGAUGAGGAAAUGCCACCUCUGGAAGGAGAGGGAGAAGGAGAUGAUGAUGCCUCAAGGAUGGAAGAGGUGGAUUAAAAGUACAGACAGGGAUUAAGGCACUUAACCCAAUGGACAGUAGCAGAGAACUAUACAUUAUGCAUAUGGUCAACAGCUAAUUGACAAUCUCAAUGUUUUUGUUGUAAAUAUUCCAAAGAUUAAAUGGUCAUGAUUUAGCCAGUUGACUGAUAAAAAAUGGCUUGAGCAUCUUUUGAUUAUCACAACAGAACUAGUGUUUACAUGGAUUGCAUUCCAAGUGUUGCUGUUCAUAUUUGGACUCUGCUUAUAAGACUACUUAUAUAUACUUGUUCAAAUUGUUACUGUUCACGUGUGUAAACCAACCAUUAUACAUUUUUUUUUUUUUUGUACAAAGCAUUUUAUAUUAUAUGUCAGUACUUUUCAAAUUGCUCGUUUUGAAGAAAUUUGUAAAUAAAGCAUAAGAAAUUAA